AUGCAGCUUGAGCAUGCUUUCGGUCCCGAGGGCCUUGCUCGACUGAAGGACUACGACUGCCGCUUCGCAUUCUAUUCGAGGUCCUCAAAGGAACGAUCAGUUGCCCUUAUACUUACAUCCCAGGGCAUUUCAACGCAGAGCAUGAAAAUACAAACCCUCAGGGAAGAAUUGAAGUCUGAGAAGGUGAGCAUUUCUUUGAAUCCGGCUCCCACAGACGAGGCAGAGAAGAGGUUAGAGGUCCUGAUGUCACAACUUGCAGAAGACCUAGCACAAUACGGUGGGCAGAAUAAUUUCCAACCUCUGGGCUGCGAAGAGGUUGUUCUUUCAUUCGUUAUUAGUGCUUUACUGCUCGUCGGCAUGUGCAUCUUCCUCGUGCUGCUGUUGACUCUCCUAUCCUACUUCGAUACCAGCUACAACCCCCGAAAGGCUGCGGUACCAGGCGUAUGCUUCUGCAGUAUUGUGUUUCCUCGGGUCAUCGACACGGAUGAGUGA